GGAGGAAAGCGUGUGCUCACGCCUUGUGGUGUGACAGUGUCAGUAACAGACCGCGCUCAGACAGCCGCUCUGAAAGGACAGAGUUGUUCCAGUUGCACUGCGUCCAAAGAACUCAGAUUGAAAUUUAGAAGAGAAGCUGUUAAGGUGCGGUGCAGAAGUGCAUUCAUUAAUGAGCUGAUAUUUUUUUAUUAUUAUUAUUAUUAUUAUUAUUAUUAUUAUUAUUAUUAUUAUUAUUAUUAUUGGGGAGGAUGCUUUCUGAGGUUAAACGUGGAUGUUUGUUGAUGGGGCUGCUUCUGCUGCUGCUGUGACUCCCAGUUUUCUCCUCGCAUGGAAUAAUUAUCAUUUCAAAAAUUUACUCGAGGAAUAAUCUCAUCAAUUCGCUCUCCAUGGUGCUUGAAGGCAGAGCGAUGGACCGGAUCGGGACCACCAUGCAGAAGAAGGCAGCCGAACUGGAGCGGCUGGCUGAGGUGCUUGUCACCGGAGAGCAGCUGAGGCUGCGGCUCCAUGAGGGGAAGGUGAUCAAGGACCGGAGGCACCACCUCCGAACCUACCCGAACUGCUUUGUCGCCAAGGAGCUCAUCGAUUGGCUAAUCGAACAUAAGGAAGCCUCAGACCGGGACACGGCCAUUAAGAUCAUGCAGAAACUCUUGGACCAGAGCAUUGUUCACCACGUGUGUGACGAGCACCGGGAGUUCAAAGACAUGAAGCUCUUGUACCGCUUCAGAAAGGACGACGGCACAUUCCCAUUGGACAGCGAAGCCAAGGUCUUCAUGAGGGGACAGAGGCUAUAUGAAAAGCUGAUGAACACUGAGAACAACCUGAUACAAACCAGAGAAGAAGAAGGGAUGGCAUUUGAGCGCGCCCUGGUUGCUUCAGAGUUCAUCGACUGGCUGCUGCAGGAGGCGGAGAUGCCCACCAGAGAGGAGGCCGAGCAGCUGGGACGGAGGCUGCUUGAACAUGGCAUCAUUCAGCAUGUCACGAACAAGCACCACUUUGUGGACGGGCCGCUCCUCUACCAGUUCCGGAUGAACUUUCGGCGACGGCGGCGGCUGAUCGAGCUCCUCCACGAACGCGGCCGCGGCAUCCCCGAGAGCCACGACAGCCCCUUCUGCCUCCGCAAGCAGCACUCGGACGGAGGCAACACCAGCUUCCUCUCAGUGAGUCCCACUAAAGAGAUCAAGGUCGCGGUUGGAGUUCGACGAAGCAGCAUGAGCAGCAGCUGUGGCAGCAGCGGCUAUUACAGCAGCAGCCCAACGCUCAGCAGCAGCCCACCGGUCCUCUGCAACCCCAAAUCUGUUGUGAAAAGACAAGUGACUCCAGAGGAGCUUCUGACACCAGGAGGGCCUUUUAUAAAGAAGAUUUUCACUAUUGUGGGUGAUGCUGUGGGCUGGGGCUUCGUGGUGCGAGGAAGCAAACCCUGUCACAUCCAGGCGGUGGAUCCUGGUGGACCGGCUGCUGCAGUUGGCAUGAAGGUGUGUCAGUUUGUGGUGUCUGUGAACGGCCUGAACGUCCUCUGCCACGACUACCGGACCGUCAGCAACCUGAUCCUGACUGGCCCCAGGACCAUCGUCAUGGAGGUGAUGGAGGAGGCGGCGGUCUGACGAGGCCUACCAGGAAAAAAAGAUACCAACAUGUCGAACUGAAGUGAGGAAAUAAAACAAGGACUUUGAACUUCUUCACCAGAGAAACGUGGACGACCUGCAGCAAAGCUCUCAUUCCAUCUGGUUUGAUCUAAGCGGACACUGAGAUGUCUGAUUUGGGUAAACGGCUCAUCUUGCUGGCCGUUCCUCUUUUUUUUUUUUUUUUAAUUUUUUUAUUUUGCCUUCAGAAGGGAAAGAGCAAGAAUCCCAUCAAACACAAGUGCGGGGAAACGGAAAAAAUAAAUUACCAAACUGUAUUCCUGGUUUUGUGCUCAAAUUGAAUCUGUUUGCUGAUUCUGAGAGUUUUAAAUGAAUGUUACAGGACUCGACGCAGCGCCUUUCAUCAGAAUGUGGAGAUAAGCAAUCAUAAGGGAAGCAGGGUAGACCUAAAUGGGUUUGUACUGUUCAAGAAUAUAUUCCAUGACCUUUGCCCCAGACUCCUCCUGCUGCUCAGCACUGCCCUCUACUGAACAGAACAGAGAGACGCACAUUUUACAUGCUGUUGGUUUGAGUUUUAUCCUGUUUUUUUUUUU